AUGGCUGCUCCCCGUUCUACUCACUUUUCUGCUGUCCUUUGCAUCCUUCGUUACCUCAAGGGGACAUUAUUUCAUGGGCUCCACUUCUCCUCUCAGUCUCCACUUGAGUUACAUGCUUAUACUAAUGCAAAUUGGGCAGGUGAUCCUAAAAACCGUCGCUCCACCACCGGUUAUUGUUUCCUACUUGGCACCUCUCUUAUUUCUUGGCGCAGUAAGAAACAGUCUGUUGUUGCUCACUCCAGCACUGAGGCAGAAUAUCGUGCUUUAGCUGACACCACCUCGGAGCUCAUUUGGUUGCGAUGGCUUCUACAAGAUAUGAGUGUCUCUCUCUCCUCAGCUACUCCUGUCUACUGUGACAAUAGAAGUGCUAUUCAGAUUGCCCAUAAUGAUAUUUUUCAUGAACGGACCAAAUAUAUUGAGAUUGAUUGUCACUUUGUCUGUCAACAUCUUCUUUAG